GGUUUCAAAAUUCGGACACUAAAAUCUCGAAAUUUACGACGAGAGCCCCUCCACUCCAGAGGGAAUAAUCGUCUUCUUCAACAGCAUUGGUUGCUACAUUUAUUUGUCAUUUCUUCACUUCUUCUUCGUCGUCAGUUUCGUCAACUUCUGUCUGUUUGUUCCUUAAAAGAGAAGAAGCGACCGGCUAAAAUCACGUUUGGUUUUCUCCAAUUUGUCAAGAGAUUUCAAUUUUCGUUCCAGGUGAUCUCUCUCUCAAUCGAGGGUUUUCAGGACAGAGGAUCUUUGUAUUCAUUUGUCGUGUAGGGUUGACUGUCCUGUCAUGAUGAAGUCUAUUUUGUGUUUAAAGCAUUGAAAGCUACAGUCUUGAUGAGCUCGUGGACUUGGAGCGACUGUUUGUUGCUGCAUUUCAAUUCAUAUAUUUGUGAUUUUAGAGCCUGAAUAAAAUGGGAAUCCCCAUUCGAAGUGGGAAUAUGAGGAAACCUAAAGAAACAAUGAGGCUUAUUGUAACAACUUUGUUUGGAGUUAUUUUUGGCUUCUUUUUGGGGGUAUCCUUCCCAACACUUUCAUUGACAAAGAUGAGUCUCCCAUCAAACCUUUUUCCUUCCAUUGAUCUCACAUACAUUGAGGACAAGUACUCUGGUCUUUCAACCAAAGCUUUAUUCAAUGCUUGGUCUUCAAUAAAGGGCAACAGAGGCAGCGUUACUCAAUACAUGUACAAUGAAACAAAGAUAUGGGUUACAACAAAUCCUCGAGGGGCUGAGAGACUACCCCCGGGUAUAGUUGAAUCUGAGUCAGAUUUCUAUCUUCGCCGACUGUGGGGUCAGCCUAAUGAGGACUUCACCGUCAAACCAAAGUAUCUUGUAACCUUCACUGUUGGUUAUGGUCAAAAAGAAAAUAUUGAUGCAGCAGUUAAAAAGUUCUCAGAGAAUUUCACUAUUCUUUUGUUUCACUAUGAUGGUCGGACAAGCGAAUGGGAUGAGUUUGAAUGGUCAAAGCGAGCAAUUCACGUGAGUGCUCACAAGCAAACUAAAUGGUGGUAUGCAAAACGAUUUCUGCACCCUGAUAUUGUGGCACCCUAUGACUACAUUUUUAUGUGGGACGAGGAUCUUGGGGUGGAGCACUUUGAUGCUGAGGAAUACUUAAAAUUGGUCAGGAAACAUAGCUUGGAGAUCUCGCAGCCUGGUUUAGACCCUAGCAGAGGAACAACUUGGGCAAUGACAAAGAGGAGAGAUGGCAGUGAGGUUCACAAGGACACUGAGGAGAGACCAGGGUGGUGCACUGACCCACAUUUGCCACCAUGUGCUGCAUUUGUUGAGAUCAUGGCUACGGUAUUCUCUCGAGAUGCAUGGCGUUGUGUUUGGUAUAUGAUUCAGAAUGACUUGGUUCAUGGAUGGGGCCUAGAUUUUGCUCUUAGGAAAUGUGUUGAGCCCGCUCAUGAGAAAAUAGGAGUUGUAGAUGCUCAAUGGAUUGUCCAUCAAGGCGUUCCUUCGCUUGGGAAUCAGGGGAAAUCAGAGGCUGGGAAGGCACCAUGGGAAGGGGUGAGGGAGAGGUGUAGAAGAGAAUGGACAAUAUUCCAAGAUCGAAUGGUAAAUGCAGAAAAAGCCUAUUUUGACGAUUUGGGAAUCGACUCCUCUAAUUCAAGUCUCCGUGGGGUUCCACACAAGAAAUAGUAUCUUCACAUAAUUGAUUAUUUGUAAGGUGCUUAAAGCAUUACUCUUAUUAUGUCCAACAGGGUUAUGUUGAUAAUAUAAUUACAAGUCUAUGUCGUGAUGUCUAUUAGUGCCUUCUGAAAGAUGAAAAGGGUCGGGCUCUUUUUCUGUGAUAAGUAUGAUGUCAUGUUACGCCCUUUAGUGUUCCUUCAGAGAAGUAGAGCAAAAGAAAGUUGUUUUAGUAUUUCACGUACUGGUGCUAGAAUUAAUUGACACGAAUCUCGAAUUUGGGUUCGAGAGAUCUUUAGUCCUUACUGCUUAUGUUGGAGAAGGAUUUGGAUGUGGCGAGUUCUGUAGUAAUAAGACUCUGGGUUGGAGCUUUCUCUU